AUGUCUUCAAUUCCAACCACCACCAAAACCUGGAUCCUUGCCAACCACCCCAAGGGCGCGGCUACAUACUCAAGCUCCGAUGAAAGUGCCACCUUCAAGCUCGUGGAGCAAGAAAUCCCCAAGCUUGGCCCCAACCAAGUGCUCGUCAAGACACUAUUCCUCUCCAAUGAUCCCGCCCAACGUGUGAGCAUUGAAAGCUCCAUCCCUGCCGAGCGCCUGUAUGCUCCACCUGUGCAACUCCAGGCUCCGAUGAAAGCCGGUGGACUGGGAGAAGUGAUCGAUUCGACAGCUGAUAACAUACCGAAAGGCACCAUUGUCCAGGCUGGCCUAUCCUGGAGCGAGUAUAUCGUCCUCGACGCUGCCGCAGCCAGUCCACGGAAACCUCUUCCCAAUGGUCUCAGCCUCACGCAUUAUCUCGGUGCAUUAGGUGGGCCCGGCUUGACCGCAUAUUACGGCUUGGUCAUCAUUGGUGAAGCAAAGAAGGGCCAGCGGAUUGUAGUCUCCGGCGCGGCUGGUGCAACGGGCAGCAUGGUUGUGCAGAUUGCGAAGAACGUAAGUAUCUUUUUCCCGCAACCGAAACAUGAAACAUGCGCUGAGAAAGAUCGUGAUGAACAGAUCGUUGGCGCUUCUGAAGUCAUUGGUAUCGCAGGCACGGAUGAGAAGUGCCGCUGGGUCGAGAGCCUCGGUGCCGAUAAAUGCAUCAAUUAUCGCAGCAAGACCUUCGAGCAGGAUCUAAUCAAAGCCACGGAUGGAUUUGUGGAUGUUUAUUUCGAUAAUGUGGGAGGUGAAACUUUGGACAUCAUGCUCGGCCGCUUGAAGCAAGGCGGUGUCUCGAUCGCAUGCGGUGCCAUUUCGAACUACAAUGCCCAGCAACCCAGUGUCCUGAAAAAUUAUUUCCAAGUCAUAACGAUGCGCCUGUCAAUCCGUGGCUUCAUCGUGCUCGACUACGCACCGCACUUUGGUGAGGUGAUCGCCUUAUUCAUUAAGUCACUGCAGGAAGGCAAGCUCAAGAUCUCGGACGAAAGCGAGCAGGUCGUCAGCACGCCAUUCGCGGAUAUCCCGAAAACGUGGUUAAAGCUGUUCGAUGGUGGCAAUACGGGAAAAUUGGUCACGAAGAUUGUUUGA